AUGACCCAGGUAGAUCGAGUUUAUUCGGGUCGACAUCUCAAUGACCAGUCGGUAUACCACAGCGAUGAGUUCGAUGGGUCCGACGAUGAUGAGCCGUCUGUCGGAAACGAGCAUAUGCCCGAUAUCAUUCAGGAAGUACGGAACGGGAUUGUGAACGAACGCGAUUUGGAUCUAGAAAGAGCCGAUACUGCACAGCCUGAACUGGAGAAAUCAAGGACAUCAAGGUCGAACCGGUCUCGUCACGACCCAAAACUGGUACAAUGGGAUGGCCCUGAAGACCCCGAGAACCCAAAAAACUGGAGCAGCAAGAAGAAAUGGGCUGCUGUCAUCACCGUAUCACUAUUCACCUUCAUCUCGCCGGUCUCUUCGUCAAUGGUUGCACCGGCACUGCCAUCACUGGUAGCGGACCUCAAAGUCACAGACGAAGUAGUUUCACAACUUAUGCUCUCAAUCUUCGUUCUAGCCUACGCUGUUGGCCCAUUAUUCCUCGGGCCAUUUUCAGAGAUCUACGGCCGAACCAUCGUUCUGCAACUCGCCAACCUCUUCUUCCUAGUCUUCAACAUCGGGUGUGCGGUCUCACGAACGAAAGUCCAAAUGAUCGUCUGCCGAUUCUUUGCUGGACUAGGAGGCAGCGCCCCGCUAGCAAUCGGCGGCGGGGUCCUUUCAGAUUGCUUCCGGGCUGAAGAGCGCGGGAAGGGGAUUGCAAUCUACAGUCUUGCACCACUCCUAGGCCCAGCCCUUGGCCCUAUCGCAGGAGGCUUCAUCGCCGAAAACACAACCUGGCGCUGGGUUUUCUAUUCAACCUCAAUAACCGACGGCCUAAUCCAGCUAAUGGGCCUCUUCUUCCUACGCGAGAGCUACGGUCCGAAGAUCCUCCUCGACCGCGCCGUCCGCCUGCGCAACGAAACGGGCGACGAAUCCUACCAAACAGAAGCAGAGCGCCAAAAUAAGACCUUACCCGAAGUCCUGCGCAGCUCGCUCAUCCGUCCCUUCCGCCUCCUCCUCACCCAGCCAAUCGUCCAAGUCCUCGCCCUAUUCAUGGCCUACAUCUAUGGAAUCAUGUACCUCGUCCUCUCAACAUUUCCCACCCUCUGGACAAGCCCAAACUAUUACAACGAAUCAACUGGCAUCGGCGGCCUGAACUACAUCUCUCUCGGACUAGGCUUCUGGCUCGGCUCACAGAUUUGCGCCCCGUUAAAUGACCGUAUCUACCGCCGUCUCAAGGCCCGCAAUGGCGGUGUCGGAAAACCGGAGUUCCGCGUCCCGCUGCUCUUCGUCGGCGCCUUCUUUAUCCCCUCUGGCUUGUUCAUCUACGGCUGGACUGCUCAGUACCACUGCCAUUGGAUCGCACCGAACAUCGGUGCUGUACUGUUCGGUACUGGCAAUAUUAUUGCCUUCCAGUGUAUCCAGACUUAUAUGGUUGAUACCUAUACACGGUUUGCGGCUAGUGCGCUUGCUGCUAGUGCAUUCCUGCGCUCGCUAGCUGGGUUUGGGUUUCCACUCUUUGCACCGUAUAUGUAUAGUGCUUUGAACUAUGGGUGGGGAAAUAGUUUGUUGGCGUUCGUGGCUAUUGUCAUCGGGGUGCCAGCGCCAGUGUUUUUGUGGAAGUUUGGGGAGACGUUGAGAAAAAAGAGUACUUAUGCGGCUGGCUAG